AUGGAGGAUGAGAAGAAUGAGAGGGAGGACGAGAAGGAAAUGGAGAAGGAGAUGGAGGAUGAAAAGUAUGAGGAAGAGGAUGAGAAGAUGGAAAUGGAGAAGGAGAUGGAGGAUGAUAAGAAUGAGGAGGAGGAUAAGAAGGAAAUGCUUUGUAAGGAAUUCAGCUACAGCUUUUCCAGUAAUGUAAGGAGUCAGAGGUUUGGAGCUGUGAUGCCAGGAUAUGACUUCAUGCUUGAACUGAGGGAAGAGAUUCUCCCGCCCAAUGCCCACUGGUUAGCCAAUGAACGCCUCCAUGUUUCAAUAACACACUCAAAGACGCACAAGAACAGCAUGGUGUCCAGCUUCACCUCCAGGGAAGAUCUCAUUAAGGUGCUCUUGGCCAGCUGCUUCAUGUCUCUCUAUGCUGGACUGAAGCCAGUGGAGUUCCAAGGGCAGGUAAUGGUGUCUUGCAACCGACUCUCUUGGCUUCCUGUUCUUCCUGUGGUACGCACAAUCAUAGUGUCACAUUUUAGCAGUCCUCUGGAUAUUUUUUCAGCUCAUAAAGGCAUAAGUAAUCUUCAUCUCAGACUGGCCAACAUGAGCCCUCGUUUCUCCAAAGACAACAUCCACAUGAACCAAUCUCUGUUUCCUCCCUUAUUACCCAGACUCACAGCACUGGAACAGAAGGGAUACCAGGAUGCUGUUGACUUUUUAAAGAAAGAAAGAUGGAUGAAUUUUCUGGCCUGA